AUGCUCCCCUGGGGCUCGAGGGCCCCCCCUGGGGGUCUGGGGGGUCUACCGGGCUCCGCGGUGCCUAUGGAGGGCGCCGGCUUCUGUGGUUUAGAUGAGAGGCCGUGGGGGCCCCCAGGGGCCCCCCCCCGCCUCGUACCCCAGGGCGGAUACCUGCGAAUGUCGCAGUCUCUCAAGUGGACCCAGGGAGGAGUUGUCGUCGAAAGCCACUCCGCCAGCGCGCAGGUUCUGUGUUCUGUGGGGCCCCCAGCAGCAGCUCCGACGAAGAACUUUGGUUCUUCAGGCCGCAGCAGCAGCAAAACGACAUUACACAGCAGCAACACAAACAGCUGGGGGGCCUCGCCGCAGCUGGGGGGCCCCAGAAGAGGUACUGGGGGGCCCCCAACCGUACCCAUUGUGGCGUCUGCUGCUUCUGUUAGCGCUCACUACACCGCGGGGGGCCCCGCAGGCAGAGGAGAGGUGAAAGCUGUGCAGUUCGUGAGGAGAAUCGAGGUCGUACACACCACCACUGCUGCAGUGCAGCAGCAGCAGCAGCAGCAGCAGCAGCAGCAGCAGCAGCAGCAGCGGUACAGCAGGAGCAGCAGCAGCAGCAGCAACAGCGCUUGCAACAGCAGCACUGGGUCGCUUGCAGCUGCCUAUGGAUUCAAUACAGGCAUCGCCGAGGCCCUUGAAGGACCUCAAGCUUGCAUGCGUAGCAGCCACCGAGGAGCUGCUGCAGCAGCCCUUCCCCCCCCAGCGAAACCUGCGGCUUCAGCUGGCCCCGCACUGCCGUGGCAGCAGCUGCGAGCUCUAGAAGACGGUGAAGCAGCAGCAGCAGCAAGAGCAGCAGCAGCAGCAGCAGCAGGAGCAGCAGCAGCAGCAGCGCGAGGGGAGGGGAAGACGAUUCUGCGGCGUUCCAGCGGAGCUGCCUAUACACCUGACGGUGCAGCAGCAGCAGCAUCUGAGUUGGCGACAUCUUUUCUAAGCCACGACGAAAUAAAAAUAAAAACAAAAAACAGCAAAAGAAAAGAAAACGCAGCAGCAGCAGCAACCCGCAGCCGCACUUCUAUGGGGUUGGGGGGGCCCCUGGAGCUCUCCUCUAUACGUACAUUGAGGGGGCCCCGCCUUCAACAGGGGCCCCCUGCCUCGCAGCCGAUGGGGGCCCCCCUCUCAGCAGCAAAGGCUUCAUCAUCUGCAUCUGCUGCUCCUUUUGUUGCAGUAAGAAGGAGAAGGAGAAGCAAGACCAGCAGCAGCAGCAGCAGCAGCAGCAGCAGCAGCAGCAACAGCAGCAACUCACAGCCUGAGAUGUACCCACAAACUUCUUUUGGUUUUUCUUCGAGUUUUAGAAAUGUCAUUUGGGGCGCUUCUGCUUCCACCGCAGCAACAGCAGCAGCAGCAGCAGCAGGAGCAGCAGCAGGAGCAGCAGCAACAGAUACAGACGACGAUCUUGAUUCUCCUCUGUAUAGGGGCCCCAGGUACGGAGGCCCCUCCCCCCAGCAGCAGCAGCAGCAGCAGCAGCAGCAGCAGCAGCAGCAGCAGAAAGGGGGGCCCCGCUCAAUGAGCAUAACUGAAGCAUACUUCGGUAGAGUACCCACAAAUUCUGCUGCUUUUCAAGGAAUGUUAAACAGAAGAAGAAAUACAGAAAAAGAAAUAAAAGAAGAAAUACACAAAAAACAUAGUUGGUGGGCGAGACGCAAAGACACUGCAGCAGCAGCAACUGCAGCAGCAGCAGCAGCAGCAGCAGCAGCAGCAGGAACAGAAGCAGCAAGCGUUAAGGAAGGGCAGAAGAAGGAGGAGAUUGUUGCAGGAGACAGAAAGAAAGAGAAAAGAAACAAAAAAGAAAAAAAACAAAAAGAAAAAAUAAAAGGAAAGACAGCAACAGGGGAGGAAGCAGCAGCAGCUAUUCGUGCUGUUGCAGCAGCAGAAACAGCAGCAGCAGCAGCAGCAGCAGCAAGAGCAGCAGCAAACCCUCGAUUUGAAGGCUUCCCUUUCCCUCCCCUGGAUCGAUCAACUGCUAUUUCAGCAGCACAAACACCAGCAGCAGCAGCAGCAGCAGCAGCAGCAGCAGCAGCAGCAGCAGCAGCAGCAGCAGCAACGAAGGAACAGAAAACAAAAACACUGCGCAAAAGUGUCAGCUUUCCGGUUUCUCUUCUCUCAAAAUUAAAAAAAACUUUCAGCAGACGGCGGGCCUCCAACAAGUAA